CGCGUAAGCGGACGGACCUUCCCGCCCCGCCACCGCCGCUAUGGCCGCCGGGCUGCUGCUGCUGCUGCGGGCCUCGCGGCGGCUGCUGGCCGCGGCCGGGACGGGGCGGGUCGCGCCGGGCUCCGCGCCGCGCCGCGAGAAGAAGCGGUGGCUCCGCGCCUACCUGGAGCAGCAGCGGUUGCAGGCGGCCCCGCGGCGGCGCUCGGAGCAGCCCGGCUGGGAUUACCACGCGGAGAUCCAGGCGUUCGGCCACCGCCUGCAGGAAAACUUCUCCUUAGAUCUCCUCAAAACCGCCUUCGUGAAUUCCUGUUACAUUAAAAGCGAGGAGGCGAAGCGCCGGGACCUCGGCGUGGACAAAGACGCCGUCGCCCUCAACCUCCGAGACAACGCGGAGCUUUCCGCCCGAGGGAUGUCGUUUUCGCGUUCCUACCUGACGCGGAGCUUCGAGGCCGCCUACCCCCGCCUGCCCGCCUCGGGGGUGGCUGCGCUCGUCGCCUUCCUGACCGGGCGGCAGCUCGUGUCCCACGUGGCGCAGAACCUGGCGCUGCCCGACCUGGCGCUCUGCGCGCAGUUCCCCGCGCCGCCGGCCGUGCUGCACGCCACGUUCUUCGCGGUGGUGGGAGCGCUGCUGGGCAGCAGCGGGCCUGAGAGAGCCGGGCUGUUCGUCAGGGAUUUUUUAAUUCCCCAACUGAUUGGAAAAGACCUGUUUGAGAUCUGGGAAGUUGUAAAUCCUAUGGGUUUGCUGGUGGAAGAGUUGGCCAAGAGAAAUAUCUCUGCUCCAGAACCAAGAAUUACCAGGCAGCUGGGGGUCAGCACAGUUCUGCCACUGUACUUCGUUGGGCUGUACUGUGAUAAGAAGAUAAUAGCUGAAGGGCCUGGGGAAACGCUACUUGCUGCAGAGGAAGAAGCUGCCCGCGUGGCGCUGCGGAAGCUGUAUGGGUAUACUGAGAACAGGAGGCCGUGGGAUUACUCGAAACCCAAAGAAGGAUGGACAGCUGAAAAGGCUAUCAGCAGCAACUAGAUAAUAAAAGCUAUUUCCAGUUUCUCUCCAGAAUGAAUGGCUCCCGUGCUGAACAUAGAUGCCUUUAGGAGAGCAAAGUUUUUCUGAUCUUAAGUUCUUGGAAUUUUCCAAUUAAAUACGGUUAUAAAAUA